AUGAAAACCUUGGCUUUGGUGAUUGCUCUGUUCUCCGUUUCCUCCGGAUUCAAAAUUUCACCGGGGCCACAAUUUUUGGCUACCAAUGGCAAGUAUUCGUACUACGUAAGUGGGUAAAAAUUGAAAAAACCAGCUUCGCAGAGCGAACAAAUUUACUGAUAUUGUAGUACAAAGCGCUUGUGCGUCUCUUUAGGCUUUUAAUUUUCAGAUAAACAAUGCUUUCUACCAACCAAUCGAGUACAUAGACACCUACUGCCGACAAUAUCGACUCCUUCCCGCCGCCAUUCCGGACGCGGCGCAAAAUCAAUUUCUCUACAGUAGGUAGCUUUUUAGUUAUAUGUGGACAUCUGUACAAAAAAACCGCAAGGGGCCAGAAGAUUUUUUUCGUUAUAGACAGGUGUUGCUUGAACGGGAGUUCGUUGUACAGAGGUCACACUGUGCUACGUUCAAGGCCCAAAAAAAGAUUACAGGGGUUGUAGCUGUAUUUCUAUUUUGGGCAGAUCGAACAUGUGGCAUGUAAUCGACUUCCUCAAUUGCAUCGAUUGUCUAAAUGGCCGGCCGAAACAUUGGACUGAACCAAAAAUCUCACAAAUGGGUAGCCAACCAGCUGGAUUGGUAGACAACUCACAUCGUUGGGAUUUUAAGGCCAAUACAAAUCUUUAGCCAGCGAAUUAUUCAAAUGGCUGGCUAAACACCUGGAUUGGUCUAAAAAUCUCAACUAGAUCACCUGUCUACCAACCCAGCUCCUUGGUUACCAAUUUAUGAGAUUUUUGGUUCAGCCCAAUGCUUCGGCCAGCCAUUUAGACGGCAGAAGAAGUCGAUUACAUACCACAAAUUCCAUCUGCCCAAAAUAGAAAUGCAGCUACAACCUCUCCAAUCUUUUUUUGGGUCUUGAAAGUAGCACAGUGAAACCUCUGUACAACCAACUCCCGUCAAAGAAACCCGGUCCAUAACGUAAAAAUCUUCAGGGCCCUGGCGAGUUUUUGUACAGAGCCACAACCUCUGCAACGCCGUUUCGAAUCUUGAGCUCCUCUCAAAAUUUGAAAACUACAGUGGGGGACCUGAUCCAGUGGCAAAAAACGUAUCAUUUUGCAUCCGGAAAGUAUGAAAAAUGUGGCAAAAUGCUUCCCUCUCCAAGUGAAAAAAGUUCGUUUUGAAGGGCCCUUUUUCCUCAAAAAAGAGCGGGCGCGCUUUUGAAAUCCGAGUUUUUUCAAUUGGAGAGGGAAGUAUUUUGCCACAUUUUUGAUACUUCCUGGAUGCAAAAUGGUACGUUUUUUGCUACUGGAUCAGGCCCCCCACUGUACCCCAAAAUCUUUUCAGACGCCCUUUCGCGUAACGUUUAUCCCGGCUCUCAAGUCGCAAUUGGCCUAAGAUCUGAUAACGGCAACAGCACUUUUUUCUGGCUUGAUGGAGUCACCAAAUACAACUACACCAACGUUCGCACCGAUGUUGCGGCUCCAGGGACUCAAUUCUACGCGCUUAUUUUGAACCAUCCGAACUUGGGGGGAAAGUGGACACCCUAUCCUCCAAACACCGUUAUUCAAGGCGCUAUUUGCGAACAAAUUAUUGCUUAA